AUGGCUUCUCUCAUCAAAGUACUCUUCGUCGUGGGCAACAACGAAAGCCUGAGACGAAAACUCCUGCGCUUCUGGGACGAGCUGACCUCGACCACGGGCUGGAGACUGACCGGCUACGGAAGCUGGGCCGUGGAGGAGGGCUCCGUGCCGCUGCCGGGCCUCAUGGUCGUGACGGCCAGGGAGACCAGCUGCCUGCAGUGCUUCCCGGCCUCGGCGGAGGCGAUUCUGCUCGCCCACGACUUCGUCCGGGUCAGGACGAUCAUGGGACACCAGUCGGUCAACGCGCGGUACUUCAGGGCGCCCGGGGGAAUUCUCCCUACCGUGCGGCGUUCCGCCCUCCCGAACCAGGCGCUGAACUACCCCAGCAUGUUCAAAGUCGUCCUUGGCGGGCAGUCUGCGAACCAGGCGGUCCCGCGGGGCAGGUGGCAAGGGUUCUGGUACAGGUUCACCGAGACGCGAACCUGGCAGUGGACCAGGUUCACGCACUUCUCCUUCCAGAACGACACGGUGCUGGUCGCGGCGGCGGCGGAGGAGGCGUCGGGCGCCAUGUACACCAUGGCGCAGGAGAUACUGCAGGCUCACGGGUUCAGAGCAACGCUCCCCGAGACGGCAGUGAUCCCGGAGUUCCAGUCCCCCGCCGACAUCCCCGACGUCAAGCUGAACGACUUCCUCACGCACCCCAGGUCAAGGCUCGUCAAGGUGUUCUUUGUGGAUGGCACGGGCCCGGGUGUGCUGCUGCCCCGCCCCAGGCUGCGCAGGUUCAUGGAUGCUUUGGUGGCAUCCGAGGCCGGCAUGAGAGCCGGAUACAACUGGAACUUCUCCCGUGAUCAUGAGAUUCUCUUCUCUGCAGGGUCCGACGUAACCUGCUUCAACGAACUGGCUCGUCUCCUCCGGAAGAAUGGUUUCGCUUUUCUGGGGCAUCGAGAGGAUGUCCCGGCGUUCCAGGCGCCGCUCAUCAUCCCCGAGUUUUGUGCCCUUUAA